AUGUCUAAAGUCUCAAUUACUAUCAUCGGUUUGAAUGGUUUCUUAGGUAAACCAGUUCUUGAAGCUAUCAAUUCUGGUAUUUUUGACGAUAAAAUCAACUUCCCAAUCAAGGCAAUUACCAGAAAGGAACCAGAAACUAAAAAUGACAAAAUUGAAUACGUUGUUUCUGAAAUCAAUGAAGAAUCAAUUAAAUCAACCUUGAGCCAAAAAUUAUCCGGUACUGAUGUUAUUAUUGAAUUAAUUGGUCCAAAUCCAGAGGCUUUCGCUAAUAUCGAAAAAUUAAUUGAUGCAAUUAAACCAAAAUUAUUCAUUCCAUCACAAUUUGGUACUGAUAUUCCUAAAGUUGAUGAAUAUGCUCCAGGGUUUUUAGGAAUCAAAACUCAACAUUCAGAAAAUGUCAGAAAAUUAGGAGUUAAAGUUGUUGAUAUUAUAACUUCGUUAUUUGCUGUUCCAGGAGCUUUUCUUUAUGAAUGGGUUGGUUCAACUGGUAUCAAUGCUGAUGACAAAACUGUUAAACUUAUUGGUGACAUUAAUCAACAAUUUGAUAUUUCUAAAUUAGAAGAUGUUGGUAAAGCUGUACUUUCUAUUGCUACUAAUCCUAAUCCAAGAGAAUUACCAGAUACCAUUAGAAUUGGUUCUGAUAGAAUUACUGUCAAAGAUGUCAUUGAUAGAUAUUCUAAAGAUCAUAAUGUUGAAUUGAAAGUUGUUUCUGAACAAUCUGCAGAAGAUGCCAAGAAAGAGUUUACUGAAUCUUUGAAAGCUGGUUUUGAUGGUGAGAAAUUCUUAUGGUAUUUACAAGUUAUUGCUGCUCAAGGUUUAGAUAAAGGUUUACUCUCCAGUAAAUUGGACAACGAAUUGGUCAACCCAGGUGAGUCUUUAUGGAAAUGGGGCAAGUACUAA